GGAAAUUGAAAGGCCACAAAUUGUCCUAAAACCGUACGUGAAUAACAAAGAAGAUACUUAUCUCACGCUGGCAAUUCUAGCUGAUAUUUUGGAUAGACUUUCAGAAUCUGGUAGAGUAUUCAUUUAAGGCGGUAUACAUUCGAUAAACCUGGAGGAUGGCAGUUAGAGCUGUGCGGUUAACCGAAAAAUCCGGUUCUUCCGGUACUUUUUUUAGCCCCGAAAAAUUAUCCAGUAGUUUCGGUUUUAAUUUCCCAUGCCACUACAUAACCCGCGAACAGGCAUACUCUGAGAACGAGAUUGGUUUAAUGCCCGCCAAACGCCCAUCUGAUUGCAGGUUGAAAUGUUUGGAAAAUAAGAAGAUUGUGCUUUUUUUGCACAAUAUCCACAGUACUAAGUGCUCAAAUAGUUGAUAUUUUAGUUGUGAUAGUUAUUGCAGUUGUGACCUUGCUUUACAUUUUUUUGAAAAGAAAUAUUUCAUCUUCAUAAAUAAAUUCCAAUUGAUCUUUUGAAAUAUUCAGAGAUUUAUACAAACUUACAAAGGCAUAAGUUAAUCUAUUUAGUAAAAAUGCUUGAAACAUACAUAAAUGAGUUCAUACAUUUGUACUGUUCUUCUUUUUUUGAAAAUAAACGAAACCGAACCGAACCAAGGUUUUUUUGUUCCAAAAAACCCGAAACCGAGACAAAAAUUUUGGAACCGCACAGCUCAAAUGGCAGUUACGUGAUGGUUGAACUGUAAAACCACACUGGUGUUUUUAGUUCUUUUAUAAAUUUUUAAUAACAAUAUGUGCAUUUGAUCAAUUUAUUUGCAUUGUGUUUGAUAUAUACAUUAUAUACAGGUUAUAUGAAAAACUACUAUCACCUUAUAAAACUAUUUAGGUCUCACACUACAUAUUUUAAAGCUUGCCCUUUUUCUUAUUGAAAAAAAGAUGGUAUUUGUAUCGUUGGAACUUGGAACAAGUAACAACUUAAAAAAAAACAACAACAAACUUCUCAAUAGAAAAUUUAGUAGAAUUCUCCCUGCCUUUUAAGAUGCCGUUUAAUAAUGCAAUUUUGCUGUUAUUUCAUAGUCACGUUUUCAUAGUAGUGGAAUUAUUGAAAGCAUGUAGUGGGUAGAAAGCUAUAGUUACUAUGUUUUGAUGAACCAUUUCGAAAAUGCUUCGAUCUCUAGUUUUGGUGACAAUUAAUAUUAAACAAUUAUUGGAUGAGGCUGAGCAUGACAUCAAGAAUUAUUCAGACCGAGGUCAAUGUUAUCUGCCGAAGCGAAGCUGAGGCGGAUAAUACUGACCGAGGUCUGAAUAAUUAUUGAUGUCAUGCGAAAGCCGGAUCCAAUAAUUGUUUUGUUAUACAUUUAAAGACAUCAGCGUAUAAAACGAUUAAACGAAGUUUAUUAAUGUUUAAUUUCAAGUAUAUUACUUUAUUUUCGCGCGCUUUUGGGUUUGAGUAGUUGGCCGCGCCGGGGCUUGGGCACGACAGCGUCCAAAAAUAUUUUUUUGAAUGCAAGUUCGAUCCAAAAAAACUGUUAUUGGACGCUGAGCACGUCAGCAGCUGAAAUUACGUAAUAAGGUACCAAAUAUUGAGAAUUAUCCGGUGCUCUCUGUCCAAUCAGGAACGAGAAUACAUACUACCUGUAAAUGUAUAAUAAAUUCAAAUAUGUUUAAGUUUCAAUUUGUUAUUGACUAUUGUAUCUCAAAUUUGUAAUUCUUCUUUCUCCGUCGGUUGAAAUAAUAUUUUCCGCGAACCAGUCAUUCAAAUAUAAAAGCAACCCAUAUAAUAGACAAUUUCCAUUAUAGACUAAUUUUCAAACUAGGCAAGGAGAUGAAAAUAAAUCACCAUAGCUAACAAGAGCAUACUAAAAUGAGUAAAAUUGCAAAGUUUGGUCGCAUUUAGUCGGAACAUGCGGAAAAUAUAGCCUUGCAAAGUUUGCAAAUUUUGUAUACUUUUGUAUUACGUGCGGAAAUUGCUACCAUUUUCGGCCCAAAUGUGGUAGCAAUUUCCGCACGCAAUCGAGCGGCCCGCCACGGCGUUCGAAAGCGUACGAUAUUUCGAAAUCAGAUGAUUUCUAACCUGAUUUCUGUUGAUUUCUAACGGGAUUUCUGUUGAUUUCUAAUGGGAUUUCUGCUGAUUUCUAACGGGAUUUCUGUUGAUUUAUAAUGCGAUUUCUUGAUUUCUAACCUGAUUUCUGUGGGUGACCGCUGUCAUAUAGAAUGUGAGCUCAAUAAUAACGAAGUUUUGAGUGAUUUCUGCAAAAUUAACUGAUUUCUCUCGUGAUUUCUUGAUUUCGGGUUUGAUUUCUGAGUCGAGUGUACGAGAUUUUAGCCGUGGCGGGCCCCUCGCACGGAAUACAAAAGUAUAUAAAAUUUGCGAACUUUGCAAGGCUAUAUUUUCCGCAUUUUACAACAUUUCGCAACCAAACAUUGCAAUUUUACUAAUUUUAGUAUGUUCUUUCCGGGAAUAUCCUUUUUUUUGACAAGAUAAAAAAUAGUCUAUAAUGGGAAUUGUCUAUUGGAAUGCUAAUUCAGAAUAGCUAGAUUUCAAAUUGAGUGCAAACAUCAACAUUUUAUUACAAUCAUUUUCGAAAUUUACUAUGAAUCCAGGAUUCGACCGUUUUUUUAUACACUCUGGUUAUAUAUAUAUAGUUUGUAAAAUCGACAAGCAUACAAUAUUUGCCAAACAAACAGAACAAAAGGGUCUUUACUAAAGGAGCUAGAAUAUCCCCAUGUUAAAAAUACAUGCACACUUUCAUACUUUCUGACACUAGUGGAGGAAUAUAAUCUAUUAGUUAUGAAUUUCCAUAUGUGGUUAAACGUCAAUUGCUUUCAAUGACGACCAUUUUCUUUAUUUCCAUAGAAUCAGACUAUAUUCAGCGGAAGUUACCAUCAGUCUUAAAAGAAGGUGAACCUAACUUAUUACUUGUUCCAAAAGGUAUGUAGCAACAUAAACUUUUUUAAUUUUUCAAUUGGCGAUAAACCACCUUUCUUAUUCUUUUGAGCCGGUUUAUUUGUCUGCAUGAGCACAGCAUAAAGUUGAAUUUGGUAUCAAACGGGUGUUUGUCUUUGACGGUCUGUGCCAGUGUAUAGGUAGUGCCAACAUUCAAUAAUAAUAAAACUUCGGUUGAUAAGGAUGCAACUACCUGAACAAUACAAGAAGAAAUUUGACGCUUGGAGGUCUUCGUCGGUAAGGUAGUAGCUGCCUGGUGAUUCUUUCCAAAGAAUCUGACAUAUUUCAAAAGCCUCAAAGAAAUAGAACAAACAGCAAAAUAUACAGAAAAAUUUGAACGCCCUUUUUUAGAACAACUAUUAUUAUUAUUAUUAGUUUAAUAAAAUCGUAUCGCAGUACAAACUGAAUUACACGAUUAUAAAUAUAACAACUAGAUAAAAUAUAUACAUAGGGUCAUAAUGUUAAAGUUAUAUUAGAGGUUGCCAAUUAUCUACACUUAAUUAAAAAGCCUGUUAAAGGCGGUUAGGUGAAGACAACAUUAAAUAAUAUGCUAUAAUGUUCAAUAGUCUAUAGUUCGAAAAAAGGUCAAUAAGUGUAAAAUUACGAAUUAUACUUAAUUGUAACAAAGUUGCGAAACCGUUCAGUAAAUAUAAGCGGUGCAGGAGGAUUGCUGUUUCGCAGACAAUAGUUAUGGACGGGUUCGUACGGUGUUUCUUUAAGAAUCUUUACCAGCGGAUUGCGAAAGGUUGACUUGUGACCCUUUAACGUCUGAACGAACGACUUGCAGGCAUCGCCUCUGCGAUCAAUUAAUGUAUCAAAUCCGGUAGUAUCCAUGGCAUCAGCAUAUGACAAGUGAGGAUAGAUGAUUUUAAGAGCACGACGUUGAAUGGACUCAAUUUCAUUCGACAACGUGGAUGACAACGUAGCCGACGACGGUGACGCGUAUUCCAAAGGUGAACGUAUAAAAGAGCAAUAAACUGUUGCCAAAUCAGAUUGCUUCAGACCAGCUUUACGUAGCUUGCGAGAGGGAAUAUAGUCGCGAAUUUGCCUUUUUCAUUAUAUAAUCGGCGUGUGAAUUCCACGUAAGAUCGUUAGACAAGUGGACACCAAGUAGUUUAAAUGUCUAGAUACUAAUUCGACGGGAACUCCUGAGAUGUGAAUAGGACUAAAACAAGUGUGGUUGUAUUAAAAAAAAGCAAUGAUCAUUUCCUUACAUUUCUUGGGAUUGAGCUCCAUUCCUCUUUUUGAAGCAAACUGGGAAAUAUCAUUUACCACUAUGGGUAGUAAACUAGGGGAACCCCGCGGGGCAAGGCAUAUUUUAAGGAAUUUACAGUGGUGGGCCAAAAUUAACGGUAGUGCCCCCGCGUCCCGCCACCUGCCGGCUGCCGGUCCAGCUCUGAAUAUUGAAUAUUUGUGUAGUAAUCGUAUUAAAACGCUUCCUGAACUUAUUGAGUAUUACAGUGUCACAUUCAACACAUAUUUAUUAUUUCUAGUUUCUACACUACAGAGGGGUACUCCGCUAACUUCGGUACUGGGGUACUGGGGUAUCAUGCCAUCAAGGACAUGGGUGACAAACCCCAGUUUUCAAGUUCUGAGUUCGCCGCACUAACGGACGCAAUUGAUCUGACUAAAAAUACAAAAAAUACUGAAAUGAUUGUAAAUGAAAUGCAGUGUUGAAAUGCACAGAAUAACAAAGGCUAUUAUGUAAGGUCUUACACACCUCUCUUCUCACAAGAUCUGCUAUAUAUGACUUCCAACAUUUCGGCAUAUAUGAUAUAUAGGGCUUCGAUAAUGCGGGCACAUUGAGGAAGUACUAUUAAAAGAAAUAUCAGCUGUGUCCCAAACGUUCUUGUCAAACUUAUCCAAAACAUUGUUUGCAUAUUCACAAGACAUUGAUCUGGACGGCCAACUUCUCGCACUUAGAGUUUCUACGAGUGAGUCAUUGUACACAUCAAUAGCAAGACGGACAAGAAAUAUUCUUGUUUCCCUAUUUGCUUUGUUUAAAAUACGUGCCCAUGGAUGAGAAUCAGACAUUUGAGCCCAAGUUUUUGCAUGCUCUUCCAAUCUCUCUGCCUCUUGAUGCAUGGCAGAUUCUAAAUGAUCAAUUAUUAUCAAACGAUCUUUACCAUCAGCACGAAUACCUCUUGCCAAAGGCACUUGACCAUUACUCGAAAAUCCCCUAAUAUGUUCUUCAUGAGAAGCACACACUAAACAAGUCACAGAUGGUCUUGUUCGAUCUCCAAAUUUGUCUUUCGAAACAGAUAAACAUUUGUUCGCUUCCAGCAGCCAAUUUAGAUUUAUUUUUUUGUUUUUGUACCAACCUUCAACUUCGUUCCGUUCAUCGCUGGGCGUUUCGGACGUUUCCUCACCUGAUGCCAGGUCAUCGACAAUAUAGAAAUUAAUGCUAUUUUCAUCGUCGUCAGCUAGCAGCUGUAUUUUUAGAUCCAUCAUCUUUUGUUUCCAACACAGCAGGAGUUGAGCAUGUCGAUGCACUUUCACCUCUGACGAAUGUCUCAUUUGUAUUACGGUGAAAAAAGUCAGAUAAAGUGGUUUGCCCAUGGUUCAUAAUAGAUAUGUUCAAUUCUCGCAGUCUCUUAUUUUUUCUUUUCUGAUAACCGCUCAAUUCCUUUCGCUUGUUGUUUGUCGCCAUAUUUUUAUAAGGCCACUCCAAAUUAGACUUUAGUUUCCCGUCCUCCGCCCGCGUCUCCUAUAGAACUGGCCGCAUGAUUUGUCCAUUAUUGCUAACUUGUUUCCAUUAUUUGACUUUUGUGACAAACAAUUACGAAAAACCACAGUUUUCAAAUAAUCUAUCGUUCAAGACAUACGUAUUUAUGAUACAACACGUAAAAAUAGAAAUAAAAUUCUUGAAACUUUUAUCAAAGAGCGUGAAUUUGUUUCCGUUUUCACUACGAACUGCUGAGCUACACACGUCAAAACCGUAAGACUAAUAUCCUGGCUUUCAUUUCUGCAUACAAAAAAUCUAAAACAUUGCGUAGAAACGUGGCUGAGUGGAUAUUUAAAACGUAUCUAUUUCAUGAAAUAAUGGGCCCUGUUUCAUCUUUGAGACACCAUAAUGGAUAAUGGAAAUGGACCGCCCGCCCGCGUGUAAUUUGAAAUAAGGGCGGACGGGAAACUAAAGUCUAAUUUGGAGUGGCCUAAUGUACACAUUUUUAAAAAUUAUCAUUUUAUAUUUAAAUACAAAUCGUGAAACAUUGGUAACAUGUGCCCCAAAUACGUAAUGUCAGCGGAAAAAUAUGGGUGAACUUUGUGUUCUGCACGUGUAUAAUUUGAAACAAAUUAAACCAUUACUGCAAUAUAAAUGCCAUCAAGAAAUUGAAAGUUUAUAGACUAGCGUUUUAAUAGCUUGUUUAAGGUAAAUAAUUUUAUAUUCUUGAUGCUAAAAUGUAAAGACUGAAGCUGCGGGGCCCACACAGUGGUGGGCCAAUACUCUGUGAGUGGAGGGGCCUGGUGGGCCAAAUGGCCCACCAGUCUAUUACUUAAAAUAUGCCUUGCCGCGGGGUGAUUUCAAUGGCCGUCGAAUCAUCAACGAAUUUAAUGCGACCGUGCCAAUUACUUAAUAGCUGGUUGACAAGAAUUGCAAACAGAAGAGGUCCAAGUUUGGUUCCUUGAGGUAGGCCACCAUUAGUUUUCUUCCAUGGGGAAUAGUAAUUAUCAAUUUGUACGCAUUGUUUGCGAUCGGUAAGUAAAUCAUAAAUCCAACAAACCAUGGAAGGGUGGACUUCAAGUCGUUUUAGUUUGUCGAUUAUAAUGUCGUGGUCGACCAGAUCAAAGCCUUUUCUAAAGUCUGCGAAGAAUAUUCUAACAGAGCAUUAACCUGACUCGAGAGCUGCAAGAAUGGAAUGUAACAGGUAAACCAGGGCAUGGGUUGUAGAUUUGCUCGGGAGGGAAAACUGCAUUGAAUCCAUUUUGUGAGCAACUUGCAAAAACAGAGAUGUUAAAGUAAACCCUUCUAAGACUUUUGACACUUGAGAUGUUAGUGAGAUGGGCCAAAGAUCGUUCUCGGAAUUGGAAUAACGACAGCACGUUUUAGUCGUUGAGGAAAAAUGCCUUGUUGCAUGGAUGGGUUAUAUAUGUCAGUCAGAACAGGAGCAAAUUCGGUAGCGAACAUUUUAAGCAGCUUAUUGGGAAUACUGUCCGGACCCGUGGAUUUAUAUAUCUUAAUUUGGCGAAGGGAUGCGGAGACAAUGCCGGGAUUGACAAGAAACUGAUGGGGUGUGUCGAGUUGGAUGGAACUGGUAUCACGUGUAAGUGGGGAGAAAUGGGAUGUGAGAUUAACCAAGAACUCAUUAAAUGACUCUGCCAAAUGGGUUGCGGUAGGGUUAUCAUCAGUUAAUAACUGGACCACCGCUUAGAUUCUCUCCACCACUUAGAUGGAUUACCUUCUUUAUAUUACGUUUUUCCACUGAUUUCGAGUAAUAUUUACUACUUUAUAUAACUAUAUGGUGACACUUUCAUAAAUAGAUGUUAAAAAUCUCGGGAGCAUUAGGUGGCGGCGUGAAGGAACCGUAAUUUUAAUUUUUUAUUUAAAUUUAAAUUUUCAAAAUUAAAAUUCAUAAAAUAUUUUAUUUGUCGAUUUUAAAACUUUUUGAUAAUUCACAUGUACUGUACAUGUAGGCCUAGUUAUUAACAUUUGGUGAAAAUUUUAUAAAAAUUGGGCAAAUAUAUUCCCUGUGAAAGCCGGAAAAAGGUUUACUGUAACCUUCUAUGUUAGCCUUUUAUUCUGCACAGUAUGACCUUUUUGUGCAAUUUCUUUACUCAAAGUUCAUGAAAAUACACGGCUUUCGUAAAGGACUGAUUUAAAUAUUUUUAUGCAGUGAACUUUUGGGCAGGCUUCUUUCAGGUUCAAAAAUUCUGUUAAAUUUCAAUUAGAAACGAGUCUAAGAAGGCUGAUUAAAAUGCCUGUAAGUGAAAACUCGAAUAUUCAAAUUGACUGUGACUAUAUCCUGUAGUUGGUCCAUAUAUUGAACACAACGAUUAGUAUUGACCAUGCCCAAAAUAUCGAAAAUAUCAAAACUUAAAAACGAUAAAUGUGGAGGAUUAAUGUAGAAGCAACAAUAGUUGAAGCACGAUGCAAGUAGAAGGAAAGUUUGCAAAUAAAUGUGAAUAGGAGAUAGGAAAAUUUAGAAUUGAAACAAGAAUAAUUACAGUAAAUAGCUUUAUAAAUGAUCAGCAAGUAUUAUAUUUACAGAGUGCCUAAAAUAUUUUCUCACAUUACAUUACGAAUUUAUGAAUUAAAAGAGUUUAGCUGCAGUAUAUUUAUGAGAUGAUUUACAGCAGGGAGUACUGUAACAGAAUGAAUUACGAUGUACUUCGACAUUGAAAAAUCAAUGUCAUAAAUGGGUGACGCUCAUUUACUCUAUCUGCAGUUACUGUAUGCCUUGUUUUAGGCGAAGUGUUUGGUUGUGUCUUAUCACUCUUCAUGGGUGCUACAGAUCAACCUUUACCAACUGAUGAAGAAGUAAUUGUCUGUGACGAAAAUACCACAGCUGAAGAGGUAAGUUAACCUCAUCAAUAAAAGUUGUGAAAGGUGGGGUUAGGCGGUUCAGGGUAAAAACCGAAAACGGUCUGAAAAAACACGAAAAAAAGUUUUUUAUGACUUAUGUCUAAUUAUUGUACAGUUAUUGAUUAAACAUUCUCGCCACACGUUCAAGACUUUAUGACUUUUUGAAAUGUUGAUCGCAUCAGGUUCUAGACCUUAAUACAGAUUUGGAUCAAACAAAUGAGUCUGAUAAUUUGAUCAAAAUUUCACCAAUACUAAUAUCUUCAAUUAGUAACAUACUUUUGUACAACCAUACUUAUGCUCUAUGAAAGCGAAAUGUUCCAUUAAAGGGAAAUAUCCAUAAAAAUUAGACUUCCUCCAUUUGAAAGAGUGAUUGGAUAAAUUUCAAAAUUUUAUUACAGAUUUUCUUUAUCGUUCUUGGUAUUAAAGAUAUUACCCUUCAUUUCAAACGAAAUAUGCAUUCUAACAUCUUGUACAUGCAUGCUUGUUGUGACGUCACAACCGGGGUAAAAUUAUUUUGUAUCUUGAGCGAUUCUUGGGUCAUUUUAAUGCUAAUUGCUAUAUUUUAAAACUCAAGCUAUGUAAAAGCAUUCUACUCAGGGGUCAUCCUAAGAAAAUUUUAGAACUGCCCAUUUCGACAAGAACAGAGGUAGUGAACACAGGCUAACUAUGUGGCAGACAAGGUUCAUGCAUUAAUCACUAUGCCAAAAACUCCCCUUCAAUGAGACAUUUUUGCCAUGGCGUAUUGGAUACCUGAAUAGCUAGGAGGGUCCUGGGGCAAUGCUCCAUUGGAAAAUUUUGAAUUUUAAAAGUCCAGAAUGGUCGUUUUAUACAUUUUCAGAGUGACAGCUGGAUUUGUUUUUGCCUUAAAUAUCUGUAUGGGUGCUUACUGUAUAAUUAAUUUUCAUAUAAAGCUCAAAACUGGAUUUUAGAACUGCCCAUUUUAAGUUUUGGAAUUACCCAUUUUACAUUUAGAACUACCCAUUUUGGAAAAUGGGAAGCCUUAGGAUGACCCCUGAUUCCACUGGUAUUAUUUUUAGUUUUGAAACGUCUACCCUGGUUGUAAUAUACAAGCUUAUACCGCUGACAACUUUUGAUUGCACCACAUACCAGUGUGAUCGAUUUCAUCUUUUUAGUAUCUAACAUUAAAUUUAAUAGCCAACCUCAAAUUUAAUAAAACGCACGCUGUUGGACAGUGUUCAUGUUUGAUUUUCUGUUUUCUAUAACACUUUUACAUGCAUCAUUCCCGAUCGAAAUGUUUCGGUUUCACUGUAUCUGAAAAUUUCUCAUGUGGAAUGUUCCAAUUUCACUUGUUAAUUUCACAUGUGAAAUUUUCAUAGGCAGGACUUGUGCUAAAUUUAUGUGUGGGGUGUUCCUCAUUUUUAAUUCCUAAUCGUUCCUAAUUUUUAAGUUGUGAUCGACCCCAUGCAUGUUUUUUCUUGAGACAGUAUUAGUACAGUAUUCAAAAUAUUUCUGUGACAAAUAUAUAGAUCGAAUUACUUUGGCGACGUGCAAUUGUUGAUGAGAGUGGUUUAUUGUUUUGUCUUGCCAAUGCUGAUCUAUUGGACUACGAUGUCAGUCAACAAGCUGUUCGUUCUUUGGAUAUGUUGACACAAGGCUAUGCCA